GCAAGACAUCGAGACACACACACGCUGUGAGGGCUUCAACCAGAUCUUAACCGACGAGCGUUUCACUCCACCGUUCACCGUUUUUUUGUGAGGAUUGAGGUACAUUGAACGCCGAUCUUUGCCCAACUUCGAUUUGAAGCUUUAAUUCAGACACUGCUUCCCGUGCAGGGAAAGACUUGUGAGUCCAUGCGUUUGAACAGAUAUUUUGAAGAAUGUUCGCCGGUUUUCACGGACGCAAGUCACAGUCUGCAGUUAUGGUCAUGUGCGUCUGUGGGAUGAGUUUUCUAUAGAAUAUCUCCGUGGACUGCUGAAGGUUUAGGUGCAAAUUACAAAAACACCCGUGUAAAAGUCUGAUUGAUUGGAAGUAAUUUGUCAGACACUUGAUAGAUCAACAGCUACAUCGAGUUGAGUGGCGGGGAUUGCAACAUAUGGAUGUAAACAAGCAAACGGUUUUUAACCUCGCGCCGGAUUAUCACGUUUCAUCGGCGGACCGUUAAGCGAGCACAUGAGUGUGUCUCGGAGCCUCUGCCCUGUCCACGAUCUGAGGUGCAUCAUGUCAGGGGUCGUUUGUCUGGCUGCGCGUUUUGGAAAAGGAUUGCUGUGAGCUCAGACGGUUGAAGAAUGGUGAGAAGAUGCCUUUUGACGUUCAAACCGUUCAGGAUCUUCGUGGUGGGGAUCGGCUUCUUCAGCCUCUGCUUCCUAAUGACGUCCCUCGGCGGCCAGUUCUCGGCCAAGCGGCUCGGGGACUCGCCCUUCACCAUGAGAACAGAAGUGAUGGGCGUAGUGGAGUCGCGCGGCGUGCUGAGGAAGAUCAGCGACAUGCUGGAGGUCAUCAUGAAGCGCGUCGACAGUCUGUCCCGGCUGGACAACACCAGCGAUUCACGCCGCCUGGAGGAGCUGAGCUCCGCCAUUAACAGGAUGCAGCCAGCAGGACUGGUGGAGCGCAUUCAGGCCAUCGCCCAGAACGUCUCCAACAUGGCGGUGCGGGUGGAGCAGAUUCUACAGAAUAGCAUGGCAGCAGGGAGAGCUGUCAGAGACGGGACGACGGGCCAGUGCGAAAUUCCCAGAGAUCCCCGCUACCCAGAUUGUCCCGGAAAAGUGGAAUGGAUGCGAGCCAGGUGGACCUCGGACCCCUGCUAUGCCUUCUACGGUGUGGACGGCUCGGACUGCUCCUUCCUCAUCUACCUGAGUGAGGUGGAGUGGUUCUGCCCCCCACUGGCCUGGAGGAACCACACCACCUCACCCACUACGAAGAAGAGCUCCACUAAGAGACAGGCGGCCUUCCGUACGGACCUGUCGUCUCUGCUGGAGCAGGUCGGCACGGGCAAGGAGUCCCUGAGCUUCAUGAAGAGGAGGAUCCGCAGGCUGGCAGCACAGUGGAGCACGGCCGCCCAGCGCCUGGACUCCAAGCUGCACCGUCGCUGGAGAGAACAGAAGAAGAUCCUGGUCCACGUGGGCUUCCUGACGGAGGAGUCCGGGGACGUGUUCAGCCCCAAGGUCCUGAAGGGGGGCCCCCUGGGGGAGAUGGUGCAGUGGGCCGACAUCCUGACCGCCCUCUACGUGCUCGGACACAACCUCAAGAUCUCCGUCUCGGUCAAGGAGCUUCAGGGGUUUCUGGGCGUGCCCCCCGGCAGAGGAAGCUGCCCCCUGACCGGACCGCUGCCCUUUGACCUCAUCUACACAGACUACCACGGCCUGCAGCAGAUGAGACAGCACAUGGGCCUCUCUCUCAGGAGACACAAAUGCCAUAUCCGCGUGAUUGACACGUUUGGCACGGAGCCCGCCUACAACCACGAGGAGUACGCCACCCUCCACGGCUACAGGACCAACUGGGGCUACUGGAACCUCAACUCCCGGCAGUACAUGACCAUGUUCCCCCACACUCCGGACAACUCCUUCAUGGGCUUUGUGACGGAGGAGCUGAACAGCACCGAGAAGCGCAGCAUCCAGCUGAAUAAGGUGCGCAACAUGGCGGUGGUCUACGGCAAGGAGGUCAGCAUGUGGAAGCUCCAGGGGAAGGAGCGGUUCCUGCAGAUCCUGCACCGCUACAUGGAGGUGCACGGCACGGUGUACUACGAGACGCAGCGGCCCCCGGAGGUGCCGGCGUUCGUCAAGAACCACGGCCUGCUGCCGCAGCACGAGCUCCAGACCCUCCUGCGCAGAGCCAAGCUCUUCAUUGGGUUUGGGUUCCCCUACGAGGGCCCGGCCCCUCUGGAGGCCAUCGCCAACGGCUGCGUCUUCCUGCAGCCCAAAUUCCACCCGCCCCACAGUUCCCUCAACCACGAGUUCUUCAGAGGAAAGCCCACAUCCAGAGAGGUCUCCUCACAACACCCCUAUGCGGAACAGUACAUCGGUCCGCCUCAUGUCAUUACGGUGGAUUUCAACAAUUCAGAUGAGUUUGAGUCUUCAGUCAGGGAGAUCAUGAGGUCUCAGGUGGAACCCUACUUGCCAUAUGAGUACACAUGUGAGGGGAUGCUGGAAAGAGUUCACGCCUACAUCCAACAUCAGGAGUUCUGCAUCCCCGAAGCUCCCUUCCCUCCGGCCAAUGGCUCCCGGGCGUGGCAGGGGAACCCCUUUGUGCGGCUGCCCAACUCCACGCUCCUGGGCUGGGCCGCCAACGGCAGCGCGCCCUCCUGCUGGCCGCCGCUGAGCGCCCUGAGGCUGCUGGAGUCGGCCGAGGGCCAGUCCUGCGUGGACGCGUGCCGCGGGGCGGACCUGGUGUGCGAGCCGGCGUUCUUCCGCUUCGUCAACAACAAGGAGGCCCUCGUCAGGCUGGAGGUGCAGUGCGAGGCUGUGGAGUCCGAGAUGAACCACAUCUUCCCGGCGUUCUCCGUGCAGCGGCGCGAGUGCGGCCUGCAGAAGGAUCCGCUGCUCUUCAGCUGCGCCGGCCUCAGCCCCAAGUACCGCCGCGUCUGCCCCUGCAGGGAUUUCCGCCGGGGACAGGUGGCGCUGUGCCGAGACUGCUUAUGAUGAAGAGGGGACGUGACCCCCCCUCCUCCUCCUCCCACUCCAGCAGCCGCCCUCUCCUUCCCCAGCCAAUGUCCAACGCUUCUGCGUCACAUCGCUUGUUCUGCUGGCUUCCCUCGCCUUUUCCAGAGAGCCGGGAGCUUGUGGCCAGACUUGCCUGCGAUCAUCCCUACACAGAGAAGAGGGGGAAUGGGGAGAAUUUUGGCUGAAUGUGUUGGCCCUCUCUCCCUCUCUUUCACGCUCUCUCUCUCUCUCUCUCUCUCUCUCAUGGCUUCUCUCUGCAGGAUCACAGGCUCUCCCAGAGGGGCCAGCUGUGUGCCCGUGGCGCUGGAAAAAGAAGCCGCGACGCUUCAAGCACUGGCUCCACAAAAGACGUCUCUACCUGGGCGGUAGAACUAAGCUUAAACCUUUGGGCUCGUAUCCUGCCUCCUCUCCAGGUUAUUGUGAGAGGGAGUUUUGUUUGUCUAUUGACAACCAGGUCUAUGGACCAAGCACUUCUAUUACCCACCAGAGAAGGCCCAGACACAGAACGCCCUCACCGGAGCAGCAGAGGAGCCUCACUGCAUAAAGCCUGACCAUUAACCUGGAGCUACACACACACACACACACACACACACACACAGGCAACACUCAUCGAGGAGCAAAAUAAAGGCAAUAUAAAACAGAUAAUACCAUCGCCAACGACUAGCAGGGCACAUGUUAACUGCUUUAGAGCGCAGUUUUUAACUCCAUAAUACAGUAAUUACAUUGACCAAUUGUGGGGGUUCUCCAACCAAACCAAUUCCUGACUAUAGACCACCUGUAAUUAUAAACCACUGCAGCUCCGUAACAGAAUCCAUACUGGGAGAACGGGAAUGAUGGGAUCGCCCCCGAGGGAAAACCUGAGGGAUUUGGGGCUCCCAUCCAUGGAUCUUCGGAUCAAUAGGAGGGCCUUUAGCAACAGCCAAUGGAAUACGUGGACGACUCACCUGCGACGUCUCCGGGUGGAAAUACUGAAUAUUUAUCUGAUCUGUGAAGACUGAUGACUGGGGUCAGAGCAAUCAAGAUGUACAAAAUUGAAGAAAAAAAGUGACGAGAGAUUAUUUUUCAAUAAGUGAUUGUUUGAACUCUGUUGACAAAGCCUACUGCAAAUUUUUAUGAAUCCAUAUUUGUGUUGUUACGGGAAAAUAAAAUCGACUACAUAUAACAAA